AUGCUUGAUCGGGCUUGCGCUCAGGCUACCAAAUUCAAAAGCUGGUACUCGCUCUCAUUCGCCCACCUAACCAAGGCCGACCUGUACCUACGUUGGUCGCGAUACGAUUCCGCCGAGGCAGAAGUAGCCCUCGCUCGCUCAACACUCAAUCAGUCGGGUGGGUACGCCUCGAUCAGCUGGACGAGCGGGAUCGUUUCGUAUCGAGCCUCAUCCGUCGCGAUUCUGCAAAGGAAUCAAGAAUUGGCCAUUGAUGAAGCCAAGAGCGCAAUCGCCAUUGGUCAGUUGUACAACAUGGCGCCCGGCGCUCGCGCUCGCUUUUCGCAUUUGCUGAUGAAGGCGUAUCUUAUGAGUCCGGAGCGGUACGGGAAGAAGCGGAAGCGUCUCGGCGAGAGGACCAGCGACUGA